UUCCCCUGUAACCUUAGAGUCCCGCCGCUGCAGCUGAUCCACUCAAUCACUUUCGAGGCCAAGGCAAUCCAUCAUAAAUUUUUCCCCAGAUUGCAUCGCAUCUCUCGAGCCUGGGCCUGGUCUGGUUUUUGUUCAUCACAUGUCCUCAUGAGUUCACCCUUUUAAUCCUACCUUAUCAACGCAUUCUUUGAUUUUCUUCUAUCUCUACUUAAUCGCUGGCCCCCAUCUUUCCAUCUCUGUUUCCCUGUCGUUACCCGCGCUGUUGUCUCAGUCCCGUCACUGUUUGCGAUCCCUGUCUCUCUGUGACGUUGUCAACUUUCGAUCCCCUUUAACCACGAACCAAACUCGCGCUCUUCUUCGCCAACACCGUCGUCGUGUUUCCCAUCAUAAAUCACAGAAAUCAAACAGUCAUGAAUGGCGCAAAUUCUUCAGCCCGGGCUAAAAGAAAGGCCCCGGGCUCGCCAGGCGAAGCUCCUCCUUCCAAAAAAUCCAUCAACGGAAAGCAUUCCCCAAACGAUAACACCCCAGACAUUAUUGAAUUUGACGACCACUCCGACAUGACCGACGAACUUCACCCGCACGCUAUGUAUAUUGGAACACCAGGGAGCUUGGGAGAGUGGCAGGAUACCAUCCAGAAGGUGGUGCGCAACGUUGUCGCCAUCAGGUUCUGCCAGACCUGCUCUUUCGAUACCGAUUCUGCUUUGACCAGUGAAGCUACUGGCUACGUUGUUGACUCCGAGAAAGGAUACAUCUUGACCAACCGUCACGUUGUCGGCGCUGGUCCCUUCUGGGGCCACUGUGUCUUCGACAACCACGAAGAAGUCGACUGUUACCCCGUCUACCGCGACCCCGUUCACGAUUUUGGUAUUCUGCGAUACGAUCCCAAGGCGAUCAAGUAUAUGCACAUUGAUGGCUUAGAGCUGCGACCCGACCUCGCAAAGGUUGGAACCGAGAUUCGAGUUGUCGGUAACGAUGCGGGCGAAAAGCUUAGUAUCUUGUCAGGUAUCAUCAGUCGCCUGGAUCGAAAUGCCCCGGAAUAUGGCGAGGGGUACAGCGAUUUCAACACAUGCUACUACCAGGCCAACGCCGCCGCUAGUGGAGGAAGUUCUGGCAGUCCUGUCGUGAACAAGGACGGUUGCGCUGUCGCGCUCCAAGCUGGCGGACGUUCUGAUGGAGCUUCGACAGAUUACUUCCUUCCAUUGGAUCGACCACUCCGUGCUCUGCAAUGCAUUCAGAACGGCAAGCCUGUCACACGUGGCGAUAUUCAGUGCCAGUUCCUUCUCAAGCCUUUUGAUGAAUGCAGAAGGUUGGGAUUGAGCCCUCAUUGGGAGGCUGCCAUGCGUGAGAAGUUUCCGGAGGAGACCAACAUGCUUGUGGCUGAGAUUGUCCUCCCCCAAGGACCUUCAGACAAGAAGAUCGAGGAAGGUGACGUUUUGAUCAAGGUCAACGGCGAACUUAUCACCCAGUUCAUUCGAUUGGACGACAUUCUCGAUUCGAGCGUUGGCGAAACCAUUAAGCUACACCUUCAGCGCGGUGGACAGGACGUGGAAGUCGAAAUUGAGGUCGGAGAUCUUCACAAGAUUACCCCUGACAGAUUCGUUUCAGUGGCAGGCGCCAGCUUCCACGAUUUGUCCUAUCAGCAAGCAAGACUCUAUGCUGUCGCUGUCAAGGGAGUCUACGUUUGCGAAUCAGCUGGCUCAUUCCGAUUUGAUAAUACGGAUAACGGCUGGAUUGUCCAGAGUAUUGACCACAAGAAGGUGCCAGACCUCGACACUUUCAUCCAAGUAAUGAAGGCAAUCCCAGAUCGCGCACGAGUUGUUGUCACUUACAAACACCUUCGCGACCUUCACACUCUCAACACCACCGUUGCCUACAUUGACCGACACUGGGCAGCCAAAAUGAAGCUUGCUGUUCGAAACGAUGAGACGGGAGUUUGGGACUUCACUGACCUGGGAGACCCAUUGCCUCCUGUUCCACCUACUCGACGAUCUGCCUCCUUUAUUGAACUGGACCACAUGCCACACCAAGGCAUUGCCGACCUCAUCCGCAGUUUUGUGCACAUCAACUGCACUAUGCCCUUGAAACUCGACGGUUUCCCCAAGAACCGCCGUUGGGGCAUGGGUCUCGUAAUUGAUGCAGACAAGGGUCUUGUUCUGAUCUCCAGGGCUAUUGUCCCCUACGAUCUCUGCGACAUCACUGUCACUAUUGCUGACUCCAUCAUCGUCGAAGGCAAGGUUGUCUUCCUACAUCCCCUUCAGAACUACGCCAUUAUUCAGUACGACCCCUCGCUCGUCGAUGCGCCAGUCAUGAGCGCUCGUCUGAGCAAUGAGGUUCUCACCCAAGGCGCCAAGACCUAUUUCCUCGGCUACAAUAGGAUUGGGCGCGUUGUUCAUGGAUCUACAAGUGUCACCGAGAUCACUGCGGUGGCCAUUCCCGCCAACUCGGGCGCCCCGCGCUAUCGUGCUGUUAAUGUUGAUGCCAUCACGAUUGACAGCAACCUCGGUUCGACAUGCAACAGUGGUGUUCUUGUCGCGCCGGACGGUACUGUCCAGGCUCUGUGGCUGUCGUAUCUGGGAGAGCGUUCCCAUCAUACGUCACGCGACGAAGAGUACUACCUCGGUCUUGGCACCAAGACUCUGCUUCCUGUCGUAGAGUCAGUUCAGAAGGGUAUCAACCCCAAGCUGCGUAUCUUGUCCGUCGAGUUCAGAUCAGUCCAGAUGGCUCAGGCAUCCGUCAUGGGUGUCUCCGAUGAGUGGAUCAAGAAGGUUACCCAGACCAACCGAUCUCAUCAUCAGUUGUUCAUGGUCAGCAAGCGAACCUUUGAGCGCGAGAACCACCCUGUAUCUCUGCUCGAAGGAGAUAUCAUUCUCACGCUGAACGGCAAGAUUUGCACUACCAUCUCCGACUUCGACUUGAUGUACUCACAUGAGCUGCUUGACGCGGUUAUUGUACGAGAGUGUGAGGAGAUGCACCUACAACUUCCUACAGUGGCAGCAGACGACAUGGAAACGAACCAUGCUGUUUCUUUCUGCGGUGCCAUCCUUCACAGGCCUCACCAGGCUGUUCGACAACAGAUCAGCAAGCUGCAUAGUGAGGUUUACGUCUCUAGUCGAAUCCGUGGAUCGCCUGCCUAUCAGUACGGCGUUGCACCAACCAACUUCAUCACUCAUGUGAAUGGUACUCCUACACCUGAUCUCGACUCUUUCAUUGCCGCGACCCGGGAAAUUCCAGACAAUACUUACUUCCGGCUCAAAGCUGUAACCUUUGACUGUGUGCCGUGGGUGAUCACAAUGAAGAAGAAUGAUCACUACUUCCCCACAAUGGAAUGGAUCAAGGAUGACAAGGAGGCUUGUGGAUGGCGAAGAGUCACGUACGAGGGCAGCGAAGUGUUUAAGGGAGAGGCAACUGAUGGUGUAGUACCGGUUGCACAGGAUGCCGAUAUGGAGUAGAUGCAUUUGCUUGUAGAGCUGCAAAUCCCUGGCAGAUAGAGGGAGUGUACAACCAUGACUUCAUUUGGGAUCACUGGGAUUAGGGUACGGCGUUAUAUGGCGAUGAAGGAUUCUAUUAUUUUAAGAUCAUCUGGAGCUAUGAGAUAGCCUUUUGAACUGGGAUGGUUAUUGAUACAUAGAGACGAGCUGUAUACCUAAAUGUUUACGGAUGGAAGUAUUGGUGUACAUUGAUUAUCACAAGACGUUGCAUGGCAGGAAGAAUGCUUCUGCCUAUACUUGAUAAUUACUGCUUCCAUUCGCUGAC